CGAGGCGUUCGGGCCGCCCGUAAACGGUCGUGAUUUUUGGCUCGGGCUCCAGUAUCGUUGCUUGCAUCCACUGCACGCGGUGCUUCUAAAGCUCGUCUCGCGUCCGGGAAUCGUCGAAUACUCGAGAUACGCGACGACACGGAAACGUGACACUGUCCUCGGUCCUCCGCGAUAUGCGUAUUUUUAAAUUAUCUUCGACGUCGCGCAUCCCCUUCUGGUAUAUACGCAAGCAAAAGAAGAGGGAACAACUCUUUCGCUGUCGUUUCUCCUCGCGAAAAGUGAAACGCGAGGAUACUGGGAGAGAACGAGCCCAGAGACAAAUAGAUACGGGUCAAUAGGCUAACUAAAGCUGCGGAGGCGAGCGCCUGAGCGGAAGAUAGGGUUGGAGGCCCAUGGCCGGGAACUCUUUCAGACGCCGGCUCUGGUCGUGGAUCUUGAUCGUGAUCCUGCCUGGAUCUGUACUUUUGUCCACCACGGAGCAAACCCCGUGCGUUUCCUAUUCAUCGAACGUGACCGACGACGGCUACGAUCAGCCGGAAACGGAAGUGACGGUCUUCCUGAGGGACCACUGCGACGGCGAAACGAGCGCCGCGGACGUGGAAGAUUUCCUCGAUCGAUCGAACUUCGACCUGCAGAUCGCUGUCGUGCCCACCUACCUGUCGUGCGAGACAAAGACCCGGGGCCUCGAUGCUUUGCUACGCGUACUUGGACAGAGAAGAACCAGAGCCCUGAUAGCCGUUCUGGACUCCCCCAUGUGCGAAGUUACCUCGAAACUCGCUCAACUCUGGAACGUUCCGCUAUUUACGUGGACGUGCCCUCUGAAAGACACAGAGGAAAGGGAGGUGUCGUCGAUCAUCAGACUGUCUCCGUCGUUGCCAACGAUAGCGAAAGCCCUGACGGCGAUGUUGAUGCGUUUGCAGUGGAAGGCCGUGUCCCUGAUAGGAACGGAUCGCGAGCCGUGGUCGAGCCUGGAAAGAGCGUUGCUGAACGCCUUCCGGAGCGUCGGCGCCAUAUUGCGAUUCAGAGUGAUAUUGCCGUACCGUGCGUCCCUCGACGAGAUUCGAACGAUCCUUCGACCCACGUACAAUGUUUCACGCAGAGUUACCGUGCUAUGCCUGCCCACGUUCAACGACGACGAGGACGACGAGGAGGUAGUUUUAGCGUCCCGUGUCCUCGCCGAGCUGUCCAACGCGCAACAGUCCUCGUGGAGCUCGAUGAUCGUGAUCGUCCACACGAAGGACGACGGCUUCUUCCUGCCGCGAACAAACUCCACGGUCUCUCAUCUAGAUUUCUCGUUCGCCGGCCUCGAGUCUUCCGAUAUCUCACCCGCGAACGCGUCCGACUACGAGGAAACAAGGGAAAAACAGGAGGAAGAAAACCAUCGACAGCAACGCGCGGAACAAGAGGAAGAGAAUCGGUAUUUCCCGUCGAGGAACCUGAGUUCCGAGUUCCUGGAAAAACUACUGAUCGUUACGCCCCUCGACCAUAGAUACGACGCGGAGAAGAUAUACGAAGGCAGGGAGACGCACGCGGUGCCGACGCUGCUUGAUCGCCUGAACGAAACCCUCAACGUCUUAACGUACGACAACUCCAGCGUGAACGCGUUCAACAACAAGAUAUACACGUACGUCUUAUUGGAUUGGCGUAUCAAUGCCUGGAAGCCCAUCAUGAUCGCCGUGGAACGACAAAGGAAAUUCCUCGUGCGGAAAUUAUCAGCGAGCGCCGUGGCGUUCCGCGACGCGAACGACACCGACAUUUCGAAAUGUAACGUGGACUUAGACGCGAACGCUGGCAUCGAAUGCACGGGUAGAGACAGCCAAAACUCGAACUUUAUAGGGAGCUCCACCAGCGACACGGCGUUCCGUAUCGCGCAUAUCGUAACCAUCGUGCUGGGAUCGUUGCUGCUGACCUUGUUCGCGAUAUUGACCGCGAUCUUGAUUAGGAAAAAGCUGCUCAAGAAGAGAAUGUCCAAAGGUCCGUACAAGAUCAUUCUAACCACGUCGGACUUCGUGUUCCCUCAAGUGCCUCGAGUGGACGCCAGGAGGGUGGACGAGGGUAUCGAGACUAUGCUGUGCUGUUGGCUGCAACAGUUGCAAGAAUUUGGGGGGCCAGAGGUGGAGAAACCGGAUCUGCUUCAAUUGGGUAGCGUGUCGUCGUUGAGACCGUAUUUACGAGCUAGCACGGGCAACCUGGCGAGACAUAAUUUGUUCAAAGACCCACGCGCCAGAUACAAUGGCGACUUGGUGCAGUUGAAGGAGUUGCCGACUCAGGGCACGUUCGAGCUCAAGAACAAGGCCAUGGACGUGCUGGUCACGAUUCACGGGCUACGUCACGAGAAUCUGAACCCCCUGAUCGGAUGUUUGAACGAACCUACGAGGCCCUGUCUGGUCUACGAGUAUUGUUCGAGAGGAUCGCUGGAGGAUGUAUUGAUGCAAGACGAGAUCAAGCUCGACUGGUCCUUCAGGCUAUCCUUGCUCACAGAUCUCGUACGGGGUAUGAGGUACCUUCACGGCACACCAGCGCGAGUCCACGGGUACCUGACCUCGCGGAACUGCGUGAUCGACGCCCGUUGGGUCCUCAAAGUGACCGAUUACGGGCUACCAGCCUUCUACGAAGCUCAGAACAUCGUUCCACCGGCGAAAACUGCUCGAGGUACGUCUCUAAACUGCUUUGGGAGUCUCUUACUCUGUCGAUUCAGGCGUUGGAACGAUCUCUGUGGAACGACUUUGUCCUCAGAUCUCUUGUGGACGGCGCCGGAACUGCUGAGGCACCCUAAUGUGAGGAAGAAGGGCACCCAAGCGGGGGACGUUUACAGUUUUGGCAUCAUUAUGCAGGAAGUAGUUGUCCGCGGCGAGCCAUUUUGUAUGCUCGCCUUGUCACCGGAAGAUAUAAUCGAGAAAGUGAUGAAGCCGCCGCCAUUGAUCAGACCGUCCGUGAGCAAGGGCGCCGCGCCACCGGAAGCGAUAAAUAUAAUGCGACAGUGUUGGGCGGAAGCCGCCGACAUGAGGCCCCACUUCGACGACGUCCACGACCUUUUCAAGAAGCUCAAUCACGGGAGAAAAGUGAAUUUCGUGGACACGAUGUUUCAAAUGCUGGAGAAGUACUCGAACAACUUGGAGGAACUGAUACGCGAGCGCACGGAACAGCUGGACAUGGAGAAGAAGAAAACCGAACAAUUGUUGAAUCGAAUGUUACCGAGCUCGGUCGCUGAGAAGUUGAAAUUGGGAAUGCCCGUCGAUCCUGAAGAAUUUCGCGAGGUGACCAUCUACUUUUCAGACAUCGUCGGCUUCACGAGCAUUUCCGCCCACUCGACGCCAUUUCAAGUGGUCGAUCUUCUGAACGACCUGUACACCUGCUUUGAUGCGACCAUCAACGCGUACACCGUGUAUAAGGUAGAGACUAUAGGAGACGCUUACAUGGUCGUGGGUGGUUGCCCGGUGAGAAUACCCGACCAUGCCUCUCAGAUAGCCACAAUGGCGCUCGACCUGCUACACCAAAGUGGAAAGUUCAAGUUGAGACACUUGCCAAGGACCCAGCUGAGGCUUCGUAUCGGUCUCCACACCGGUCCAUGUUGCGCUGGCGUGGUUGGUUUGACGAUGCCAAGGUACUGUUUGUUCGGAGAUACCGUUAACACCGCGUCGAGAAUGGAGUCGACGGGUGCACCGUGGCGUAUACAUUUGAGCCAAGCGACGAAGGAUCGGUUAUCGCAGGUCGGCGGGUAUCGAAUCGAGUAUCGAGGAUCGACUGACGUCAAAGGCAAAGGGAAAAUGCCUACUUACUGGUUGCUGGGGAAACAAGGGUUCGACAAGGAACUACCGAAACCGCCUCCGAUCGGGGACAACCAGAGGCUGACCGAGAGUCUAAUGGAGACUUUAACGAGCACGGAGACCAUAAUAUUGCCGGACGACGAGUCGCCAAGCAAGGAUUUACAACGUAACGACUCGAACGUGGAGAGAAGAGGAGCAGAAGAGGCUCACAAAGAAUCCAACGCAGACGUAGACGUCGACCUGCCGGAGACACGGGUCCAAGAGACCCCGGAGGAGGAUAAAGUCAUAGUAUCCGUACACGAGGAGAAAAUCGCCGCUCCAAAUAGCUCCCCAAAGACGUCGACCGACAUUGCGAAAACUACGCCUUCGAAGGAUGCUGGAAACGGAAAAGGAAACGAUUCUAAAGCCACCACCGGUGAAACUCAAAUGUCUCUCGGAGCUUCUACCACCUACUCCACCGAAACACCCAUCCUUGGGGCGUCCAACACCUCCCUGGCGUCGAUCUCCAGCUCAGCUACCGCCCCUUACCGACCAGGACCCACCAGACACAGGAGGAUAGGUGGCUACAUCGACGAAAACGACUUGAGCACACCGUACAAUUACUAUAGAUGUCUCUCGCCAAACGAACACUAUGGAAGGCCGCCAGGCUGCCGUUUCUUGAAGAGGCAGUUCAGCCUGGAUCGUCCGGACGAAACGGUCUGCAUAAACUUCGGCGACCAGAACAGUCGACAGCAGCCGCAGCAACAGAAUCUGAAGACGGCCGCGAGGCUCUUCAAGCAGAACAGCGCAGGCGCCGCGAACGACUUGGAGCGCAUCGAGGAGGUCCCGUCGACGCCCACGCCUCUACUCCAGCACUACAGACAGGCGGCUUCCGUUUCGCUAUCCGUCGAAUCUCUGACGCUCCGUUGAACGCGUCCGCGGUCAUCAUUCCUUCGGACGGUCUCCUCUGACGAGUAACUCCUGCGUUAAAAUUUCGCACGAACAAUGACAAUCGCCGCGCGUCAAGGAAUUGUAUUAUAAUUAUCGUACAAACAGCAGCGAGCCGCGUUCCGCGGAAGGCUCGUUGCCGGGUGGAAUGUUGUUUCGAUCGACGCGAAAAUAACGUUGCAUUUCUAUUCCCGCGAUCGUUUAUCGCCCGAUCGCUAUGCCGCUGAUAAUCAACAGUCAAUGAACCGUGUAGUUAUGGUGUAUGUAUGUAUGUAUAGUUGGACAAGUUCAAUAAGGGCCCUGGCAAGAUACAGGCAAUGGCUUCGCCAUCGAUUGCGUGCUCCGUCGCCUCUCGUACUCGCCACCAGAGGGCUCGUUCCUCUCGCAAGCGCUCGAUCGACCUUCCAUUAGUAUAUGUACGUUCCUCGACCGACUUCUAAUAUCCCAGGGAUGCCUUAGGGAUCAGAGACUAUAGUUUAAGCCUAUGGGUCUAGGUUUAAACAAUGAAAGAGUUUGAAACGACAGAGUUUCGGGAAUUUUAACUGAUAUUUUUAAAUCAGUGUUUAUUAACAGCUUUGAUAAGAUCAGAGUGUCUUGAGAAUUAUUAAAUAAAUUGACAAGGGGUGAGACUAGACGAUCAGUUUAUCACAGAAGUCUCCUUAGAUGCCUAGCUAGCCUGAGAGAGUCAAUUUGAUACUGUUUAACACAAGUAAGACUAUGAGUCUCCCAGGGUGUUCUCGUUUAACUUAUUUCUCUCUGAUAAUUGACAAUGAAUCACGACUUUACGAUGACUAUGCUCCGUUCAAUGAGAGGCGAAGGCGGGAAUGAGUCCAAGCGAUUGAAACCAUUGCCUAGAUCCGUGAACUAGCUAAUCCAGGGUCGAUGCUAUUUAAAACAGGGCUAUGGGAAAGGGAAUCGACUGUUAAUGAAUGGGGGGAUAACCUUGUCAUUACGAUGCAUGUAUGCAUAGAUAUGCAAGUUUAAUAGGAGAUAGUAAAUUAAGCAUGAAUGAGCGAGUGGCAGGAAUGAGUCCAAGAUUGAUAUAUUGCCUAGACCUAUGAACCAGCCGUCGUGUGUCAUCCGGCACUUUUUGAAGCAAAUUAGACUAUGGAAAUGGGGAUGAUAAGGAUCGACGUCGAACAGAGUCCAGGGAUCCUUAUUUAACUUGUUAAAUUAUACGCAGAAUAUGAUGGAUUAUAGGGAAAAGAGGAAUUAUACGCUCCCGUUAUCGCGGAUGACAAUCUCUAUUACGUACAAACGUUCAUGCAUAUGCAUUUGUUCUUGUUUCUUUUUAUUAUGGACUUAGAAGAAACAUCACCCCGUGAUCAUCUUAUAUUUUUUAUUUUUUUUCGAAAGAUGGGUGUACAGCGUUGAUUGGAAAAUCUAAAUCGUCUAUCGUUAGGUAUCUCGGGUUUACUUUCUAUGGAAAAUAAUAGACGAAUCCGUUUAACGACGUUCGUUGAACUUGUGCCGACAGGGUAACCGUAAGAACCGUUUGAUUUCUCACCAUUUUUCGACAUUCGCGCAUCGUAAUCAUCUGCGACUCUUCAUUAUCGCUUCCAAAUCGUCGACAAUAAUUCGAAAUCUUAACGCAUAGGAGUGGUAGUUCGUUCCGUAUAUUUUUUCGUUGGUCUCAUCGCGGCAAUUAUCGCGCGAUUACCCUCGAACAUUCUAUCUCGAGGCUAACAAUAAGUAGAUCUAGUAAGUCCAAGUGCAUUCGAUGCGCAGAAGAGAUGAUCGCGUUGUGCGCACAUUUACGGUUCGGAAACAAAGAUGGACACCCGCGCGAGUGUCCGGUGCGGUUUACGCAAUAAUCUGUGUGUUUAGAUGUAUAAAUAAGUGUACAUAGGAUACAAACAAAAAAAAAUUAUAGAUGGACGAUUUCGAACACGAAUCUUAUCGAGUAAUUCACGGAACGUUUCGUCGCGUUUCAGAAUGGUCGCCAAAGGAGAAUCUGUCGACGAAGAGGGGCAAUAAAACGUAACGUACAAUUAUUUCGUAAGAUCGCGCUCUACGAAUGUAAUCAGAGACGAACCACGCGUCCACGGUUCGCUUUACCGCGUAUUAUCGGAUGGAUGUUAUACGACGCGUUGAAAUUAAUAUAAUAAGCUCUAAAAUUUUAUCGAUUGAAAGUUGAAAUGAAAAAAAUUUUUAUCUCCCGAGAACGACGCCCGGUCGCGUAGCCAGUUCGUUCGAUGGAACUUGCAACGCGAUCGCGUCGAUUUGAUGUGUUCUACGUGGAACUUAUUACGGUAGAAUUAUUUCGAAGUGUUUCGGUUACGUCGCGCGAUUCAAUCUCGAACGAUGCGCGCGUAUGUGUAUACAGAAGAUCAAAUG